AUGCAAAUGGAACACUUAGAAAGUAAUGUGCGGAAAGAAUGCAAGCAGGCAUUCGCCGAAUUGCAAACGACAAUGGAAAGUUGUGGUGAUGAGGAGUACGAAGGAAUGGAUGUCGCCACAUUCCCGGAGUUUCUGCAUCGACUUCUAUGGGAAGAUAGCAGUUGGACCCAUUCGACUUCUCUUUAUGCAUCCACACUGCCAGUCACCCUUGCGCAGUUUGAUGCUCUUCUCAGCAGUAAACAAUUCAUUUUCUCGAUUGUGGAAACAGCUGAAUCAGAUCCAACCAUGACACUUGGCGAAAAAAGCAUGUUAUCAUCUCUCCUCGUCGCUGUGCUACUCCGGAAUUUCCAGUACUGCACUGACAUCGUUUUAUCGUUGCUGCGGGCUCAUAUUGCUAAAAGCGUCCAUGCUGGAAAUAGUGAUAUACUGUUUCGGAAGAGCGACAGCGUUGUAGAGAAAAUGGUAGCGAAAUGGCUGACAAUUUGUCUUUACGAUUCCAUUGCACAAUAUCAGGCGAAUAAGUACAAUACCCUUUUCAAA